AUGGCGGGCGUGGUCUUCAACAGCUAUGGGAAGCUGCAGUGCCCCGAGCCCAUCAUCGCGGCCCGCGCCGCGCUCGCGCGCACCGCGCCCGUGCGGCAGCUGCGCCCGCAGGCGCUGCCUCUAAAGCUCCUCGCGGUCGCGGCGACUGCCGCCGCCGUCAACGUGCCGUGCGGCGCGUGGCGCGAGCACUUUGAGAAGUUCAGCUUCGGGUGGUUUGUGGCAGUGCACGCGACCAUCCCCUUUGUGGCGAUGCUGCGCAAGGCGGUGGUCAUGCCCAAGCUCGCGAUCGCAGUCACCAUUGCGGCCGCCAUUGCGGGCCAGGUCAUCGGGUCGCGCCUGGAGCGCGCGCGGCUGGCAGCGGAGCGCGAGCGCCGCGAGGCGCGCGCCGCGUCCGCGCCUGCGGCGCCCGCGGCGGCUGCCAAGGGCCCGAGGAAGAAGGCCGCAGCUGCGCGUGCCACUGGCCGCACCCGUUCCCCCGCGCCGGCCGCGGCGGCGGCAGCAGCGGCGAGCGGGGCCUGCGGGGGCGAGGGUCCCCUGGGCGACGACGGCCUGUUUCCUCAGCUGUCAUGCGCACUGGCCAGCAUGACGCAGCGCCCACGCAAGGGCCUGCAGCCUGGCGUCGGGAGGCUGUGCGCGCUCCCAGUCUCGCCCCUGCACGUUUGA